UAGACAUCAUAUGCGGACUGUUGGCAGGACAGAAGCCUCAGCUCACUUGGAUUUGUUCACCGGGGAAAUCAGAGACAACGAUGGGGCUCCUUCCCAGAACCUCAGGGGCUCUGGCCAUUUUAAUGGUGGUCAUGUUGGUUCAUGGAGAAUUGCAUGCAGAGACAAACGGACAACACAAAGAAGAUAGAACAGCAGUGCAACAAACCAAAAGAAGGUAUAAACGUGAAUGGGUGAAAUUUGCAAAACCUUGCAGAGAAAGAGAAGACAACUCAAAAAGAAACCCAAUUGCCAAGAUUACUUCAGAUUACCAAGCAACCCAGAAAAUUACCUACAGAAUUUCUGGAGUGGGAAUCGAUCAGCCACCUUUUGGAAUCUUUGUUGUUGAUCAAAACACUGGAGAUAUCAACAUAACAGCCAUCGUUGAUCGAGAGGAAACCCCCAGCUUCCUGAUCACAUGUCGGGCUCUAAAUGCCCAAGGACAAGAUGUAGAGAAACCACUUAUACUAACAGUCAAAAUUUUGGAUGUUAAUGAUAAUGCUCCAGUAUUUUCACAAAGCGUAUUUAUGGGUGAAAUUGAAGAAAACAGUGCUUCAAACACGCUGGUGAUGGUACUAAAUGCCACAGAUGCAGAUGAACCAAACCAUUUAAAUUCUAAAAUUGCCUUCAAAAUUGUCUCUCAGGAACCUGCAGGCACACCCAUGUUCCUCCUAAGCAGAAAUACUGGGGAAAUCCGUACUUUGACCAAUUCUCUUGACCGAGAGCAAGUUAGCAGCUAUCGCCUGGUUGUGAGUGGUGCAGACCAAGAUGGAGAUGGACUAUCGACUCAAUGUGAAUGUAGCAUUAAAGUGAAAGAUGUCAACGAUAACUUCCCGGUGUUUAGAGACUCUCAGUAUUCAACACAUAUUGAGGAAAAUACUUUAAAUUCUGACUUACUUCGAUUUCAAGUAACAGAUUGGGAUGAAGAGUACACAGAUAAUUGGCUUGCGGAGUAUUUCUUUACCUCUGGGAAUGAAGGGAAUUGGUUUGAAAUACAUACUGAUCCCAAAACUAAUGAAGGCAUCCUGAAGGUGGUUAAGGCCCUAGAUUAUGAACAAAUACAAACCCUGCAAUUUGGUAUUGCCGUCAAAAACAAAGCUGAAUUUCACCGAUCAGUAAUCUCUAAAUACCGGGUUCAGUCAACACCAGUCACAAUUCAGAUAGUGAAUGUAAAAGAAGGAAUUACAUUCCGUCCUGCUUCCAAGACAUUUACAGUGCAAAAAGGCGUAAGUAGUAAAAAAUUGGUGAAUUAUGUCGUGGGAACAUAUCAAGCCAUCGAUGAAGACACUGGCAAAGCUGCUUCAUAUGUCAGAUACGUCAUGGGACGUAAUGAUGGUGGUUUUCUAAUGAUUGAUUCAAAAACUGCUCAAAUCAAAUUUGCCAAAAACUUGGAUCGGGAUUCUACUUUCAUAGUUAACAAAACGAUUACAGCUGAGGUUCUGGCCAUAGAUGAAACCACGGGUAAAACUUCUACAGGCACCGUACAUGUUGAAGUACCCAAUUUUAAUGAAAAUUGUCCGACGGUCACCCUCGAAAAGCAAGUAGUUUGCAGUUCAUUACCUUUUGUGGUUGUCUCAGCUAGCGCACCGAAUAAUGCUAAAUACACUGGUCCUUACACAAUUUCACUGGAGGAGCAACCUGGAAAGUUACCAGUUGUGUGGAGUAUCACAACACUCAAUGGUACCUCGGCACUCCUAAAAGCUCAGCAACAGGUAUCUCCUGGAGUGUACAGGAUCUCCCUGGUCAUUACGGACAGUCAGAACAAUUGGUGUGAGACACCAGAGAGCCUGACUCUGGAAGUCUGUCAGUGUGACAACAGGGACACCUGUGGAACUUAUAACCCAAACAGAAACCCUGGGGCCAAGUACGGAACGCCAGCCUCCGGGAGGCUGGGGCCUGCAGCCAUCGGCCUGCUACUCCUUGGUCUUCUGCUGCUGCUAUUGGCCCCACUUCUGCUGUUGACCUGUGACUGUGGGACGGGUCCUACUGGGGGAGUGACAGGUGGUUUUGUCCCAGUUCCUGAUGGCUCAGAAGGAACAAUUCAACAGUGGGGAAUCGAAGGAGCCCAUCCUGAAGACAAGGAAAUCACAAAUAUUUGUGUGCCACCUAUAACAGCCAAUGGAGUUGAUUUCAUGGACAGUUCUGAAAUUUGUACGCAUACAUAUACCGGAGGGACGGUGGUCGAAGGCGCUUCGGGAAUGGAACUGACCACUAAGAUUGGGGGAGCUACAGGAGCCGGAGGUGCAGCAGGCUUUGCAGCAGGGACAGUCUCUGGUGCCGCUGGGGGGUUUGGAGCAGCCAGUGGACUUGGCAUCUGUCCCGCGGGGCAGUCCGGGACAAUGAGAACAAGGCAUUCCACUGGAGGAACCAUCAGGGACUAUGCUGAUGGGCCAAUAAACAUGAAUUUCCUGGACUCCUACUUUUCUCAGAAAGCAGCUGCCUGGGUGGAGGAAGAAAAUGGGCCGGAAUCCAACGAUUGCUUAUUGAUCUAUGACAACGAAGGCACAGAUGCCUCUGGUUCUGCCGCGGGCUCCCUGGAUUGUUGCAGUUUUAUUAUGGAUGACCUGGAUGACAGCUUCUUGGAAUCACUUGGCCCCAAAUUUAAAAAACUUGCGGAGAUAAUCCUCAGUGCUGAUCAUGAAGCCGAUCAGGCUCAGCUACCCGCUAAAGAAGGCGGUUAUGGGGUUGAAUCCCGCAGCCAUACCACACAAGUCCUGCAGUCAGGACCCGUUAGGUGCCAGACGUUGUCAGGCAGUGAAGGAGCAUCCGCUUUGUCUGCCACUUGGUCUGUCCAGCCAGCUAUUCCCAUCCCUGACCCUCUGCAGCAUGGUAACUAUUUGGUAACGGAAACUUACUCGGCUUCUGGUUCCCUCGUGCCACCUUCUGCUGCGGUCUUUGAUCCACUUCUCACACAAAAUGUAAGAGUGACAGAAAGGGUGAUUUGUCCCAUUUCCAGUGUUCCUGGCAACCUAGCUGGCCCGACACAGCUACGAGGGUCACGCACUGUGCUCUGUACAGAAGAUCCUUGUUCCCGAGUGAUAGGAUCAGAAUGAAGUGGAAUAACAUUAUUAGCCGAAUCUGCAUAUUUGGACCAAAUUAUUUGAAAUUGCAGAGCUCACUGUACUGGGCUAAUUUGGCACUUAUUAGCUACUCUCAUAAACUGAUCAUGAUUAUAAUUUAAAUGUUCGGGUUCAUACAAACUGGAUUAUGCUGUCACUCCUAAUUCUCAAAUACUAUUCAAAUUGCAGUAAACCUUAAUGUUUUCUAAAACUCUUAACAUCAUAUUC